GUGAAUGUUCCCCAGCUGAAUAACUAUCGACAUCUCCGCACCUCGCCCCAUGUCUUGAUUCCCAGCAGUCCCUCAUCGUUGUCCUUAGACUUCAUGCAUCAUGUCCGCCAGACGUCGCCUUGAUAAACUCUCGCGGUCGCUCGCACCCCAGCGUCCGUCGAUAGGCACCCUCAUCCUCGGCGACAUACAGUAUGACAUUCAGGACUCUCUGGAUCCUAGCCGUCUUCCUCAUCUCUCGGAUUCUGCACUCCUGGACGUCAGGCAUCCGUUUAACGCGAACAAUCUGAGGUUCAUGCUGCAGAAGCAUGUCCUUGGGCAGGAUGUGUUCUUGGUCUCCCAGCCUGGGCCGUAUGCUCGGCGGCUUGCCAUGACCUUUGCGAGCCUGAUCAAUUCGGAGUACGAGUACAUUGCGUUGCACAGGGAUAUAGGCGAGACGGAACUCAAGCAAGGCAGAGAGAUUCGCAAGGGAGGGAAUCUGGUCUACGUCGAUGGGCCAGCGGUCAUGGCUGUCAAGAAAGGGCGUAUUCUCAUUCUUGAAGGAGUUGAGAAGGCCGAGCGGGGAAUCAUGCCUGUUUUGAACAAUCUGCUUGAGAACCGCGAGAUGAACCUCGAUGAUGGAACCCAUAUCGUCCACCCGCGUCGGUACGAUGAACUUCUCGAGAAAGGAGAAGUGACCAACAAGACGUUUAUCCCUGCCCAUAAGGACUUCCGCGUCAUUGCCAUAGCUGCGCCUGUCCCUCCAUACCCUGGAUACCCUCUCGACCCUCCAUUCCGGAGUCGCUUCCAAGCGCGGUUCAUCGACCCCGUCGGCGCGCUGUUUGCACUGGCACCCGAACCACCAUUACCACAGCCGACAGGCGAAUUCUUGUACGGUCGAAUAAAGGAGAUCAUUAUCGCCACCCAGUUCCUCGGCGAAUCGCGUCACUCCCUGCAGGCGGUGCUCAAGCCCACCAUCCCAGCCUUUCCGCAAACUGCCCUAAUCAAACUCGGCGCGCUCGUAGAACUGUUCACGCCGCCGAAGACGCUCUCGCCGAACCAACUCGCGCGACUGUUCCUCACACUGCACCCCGUGCUUAUGCACGCGCCGUUCCAGGCGUGGGCGAUGCUGGGCCAGCAAGUGACGGAUGCGAAGCUGGGCGAGCUCGGGAGUCCUUCAUCGCACGACAACGAGGACGGCUCGGGAUUAUUGGGAUAUACCAUCAGCGCCAUCUCGCGCUCGGGCGAGGCUACUGCGAAGCUGGUGUUCACGGGCCCCCCUGGUCUCAACUCCGUCAGCGUAGAUGCUCCAGCCGGUCAAAGAGAAUUCCGGCCGUUCCCUCCUACACAGUCGGGCCAACUGCACAUGUCGAAGCGAUUCCUUGGUCUUCUCACUUCCAUGUUGCAAGGCCACGCUUUGGGCUGGGAUUUGUCCUUGAUUCCCUCCGUACUGCCGUCGACCUCUUCGUCCUCCACAUCCACUUUGAUAAGGGUUUUUAGCGAGCUUCUUGGAUACGAGAUUGAGGCUGUUCAUAUGUACAAGGAACUGGGAGGGCGCGAGAUGAUUCAAAGGAGACGCAUUGAGGAUGGAGGGGCAACAUUUUGGGAACCAAGCCCUCUCAUCCAAGGAUCUUUACUCGGGAGGCUGAUGCACUUGUCCUCUCUCGAUGUUACGGGCGCGACUGCGGGAUCUCUUUCCCGUCUUGCCCAGGACAGAGAGAUGGAAUUAUGGGAGAGCAAGCGCAUAGUGACUGCCAAGGGCGAAAACGAUGAGACGUUUGCGACACUUUCUACAGCUCAUCCUUCCUUCAGAGUAAUUGCAACUGCAUCGAAGUCUUUACCCCUCCGAGACUGGCUCUCCGAUGAACAUGCCAACAUGUUUUUCCCCAUACCCAGCCAGCCCAUGGAUGGCGAAGAAGAGGAGGCCAUCCUCCUGCGCUCCCUCUGCGACACCCACAUCGUCCGCCGCUUGAUCGCGUUUGCGAAGAAAUACCGCGCGAGCAUGUCGGCCGACACCACUGUGAAGCAGCGCAAGCUCGGGACACGGGCUCUCAUGCGGAUCGCGAUGCUGUUCGCGAAAUUCCCGGAAGAAGCGAGACUGGCUGAGGUACUGGAGAGAACGUUGUUGGUCGAGUUUCUUCCGUCUGUUGAGCAGGCCACGUUGAGAGGCUUGAUGGAGGAGAGCGAAAUUUCUCAUUCUCCUGAGAAGUUUUACCCGACGUCUGUCGUGGAAGGCGCCAACCUUGUCUUCCCGACCGGGACAACUAGCGUAGAUUCUACGGCCUCGGGAGGACCAACACGUAUAUCGUUGUUCAGGGCAGAGAAUGACCCCGAAGGCUACGUUUCGCAUGUGCCUUACAUGGACCAUUUCUACGACAAUAGCCUGCAGACUGGGCUUAUGCGGGACAUUGCCAUUGACUUGGAGGUUCUCGGCGAACAUGUCGUCUUACUAGGAAACCAGGGUGUUGGCAAGAACAAGAUUGUCGACAGGCUUUGUCAGCUUCUCCGCCGUCCACGGGAAUACAUUCAGCUCCAUCGCGAUACAACAGUGAACCAGCUCAUGUUUACCACCGUUCUCGAGGGCGGUAAAGUGCGAUACGAGGACUCUCCGCUGCUCCGCGCUAUCAAGUUCGGGCGCGUCAUUCUCAUUGACGAAGCUGACAAGGCCCCGGAACAUGUCGUCGCUAUUUUCCGCAGCCUCGCGGGACAGGGCGAAUUAACGCUGGCGGACGGAAGACGCGUUCGCGCUGUCAGCGAGCGCGAAAGCGAUGUUGUAAUUCAUCCGAAUUUCCGGCUGGUUCUGCUGGCGAAUCGGCCUGGCUAUCCUUUCCUCGGAAACCAUUUCCUGCAAGUUCUCGGUGAUGCUUUCAGCUGCCAUUCCGUGACGAACCCCGACCAAGCAUCAGAACGCAAGCUCAUAUCCCAACUCGCGCCCGAGUUGGAUGAGGACACGAUACUCCGACUUGUUGGCGUCUUCUAUGAUCUUCGCAAGAGCUUUGAGAGUGGCGAACUUACGUAUCCGUAUUCACUGAGAGAGUUGAUUAACCUGGUUCGGCACAUGCGGAGCUAUCCUAAUGACAGUCUGGGAGAAGCUCUCCGCAACAUAUUUGAUUUUGAUAUCUAUAAACCCGAUACUCACGACAAAUUAUUGCGUAUACUUGCUCGGCAUGGGCUUGAAGCUGGGCCACUUGGCCUUGAUGCGUCGCGUGAAAGCAUGAAGAAGAAACCCGUAGACAUUGAAUACGAACCAUCUGGCUCUACCGAACUCAACGAACCCAAGGAAGGAGAACAUGAUCCCAAAAAUGAGCAGCAUACUGGAGGAAAUAGAUGGGCUGGCGGGACUGGUGGGCGUGACACUGCCGGCACUGGAGGCAGAGGUGGUUACAAACGCUUACAAAAAGGCAACAACAUCUAUCAGGUCUCCGACAAGCUCAAGGCGGACGUGCCGGACCACAUCAGGGAUCGUGCUCGCGAGAUGGCGCGCGAGGAGCUCAAGCAGCGUCUGCAGGCACUGGACAUGAGCACCGCCGACGCAGCUGUGUAUGGAGAGCAUCUCACUGCGGUACAAGGUCAUAUCAAUUCACUGCAUGACCUCCUGGAACACCUCGCAGCAAAGGAAGAAGAGCGUGUCUGGCUCAAACGCCAGACCGAUGGGGAACUGGAUGACAGCCGCUUGACCGAAGGUCUUACCGGGGAGCAGUCCGUGUACAAACGGCGUGGAAUGGAUAAGCCUGAACUUGGUCGCCCACAGCUAAAGCCGAAGAGGAUCAGAUUUAUUUUCGAUAUCAGUGGAUCUAUGUAUCGUUUCCAGUAUGAUGGUCGUCUGAGGAGAAGUCUGGAAACAGCGGUCAUGCUCAUGGAAUCCUUCGAUCACCUAUCCCGCAAAGAGAAAUAUGCCUGGGAUAUUUACGGCCAUUCGGGUGACGAACCCACCAUACCUCUCGUCGAGACCGAUAAACCUCCCUCAAGCCUCAAGGACCGCUGGAAGGUCAUUGAGAAGAUGGACAUGGUCACACAGUACGCCUUUUCGGGUGACUACACGGUGGAAGCCAUACGGAAGGGAGUCGAGGAAGUGGCAAAGUUUGAUGCAGAUGAUUGGUUCGUCAUUGCCAUCUCGGACGCCAACUUCGGGCGCUACCAGAUCACUCCCGAGGAGAUCAAGAAAGUCAUGCUAAGAGGCGAUCCCAAAGUGCAUACGGCACUCAUUUGUAUUGGAGAUGGGGCCGAAGUCCCAUGGAUAACGAAGGAGCUUCCGGGUCGUGGAUUCCGAGUGAAGAAUACUGCAGAUAUUCCUGUAGUUCUGAGGAGCAUUCUGACAUCCAUGGUCGAUCGAUGAUUUGUCUGCACAAGUCUUAUAGAGUAAAUUAUGUCAUCAAUGAUAUGAAGUG